CAGAGACUGGAAACAGCAAGCAGACAGAAGGAAUCAAAUCUACAUCACAAUUCUGGGAUUUGCUGUUGAUUAUCGACUCAACAAAUUGCACAAUUAUUCAGGUUUUACAUGCAAAAUGAAUAUUGAAGUGCACAAGACCAGUUACACAUCAUCCACCAUUUCUUGGUCUGCAAACUACAAGUGUCCUGAGAAUUAUUACCGUAUUAUGUACCGUCCUAACUGGAACAGUGUUUUCUCUGGCUAUUCUCACCAGAGCUUCCACCAUGAAGAAAAGGUACCACAUUCUCAAAACACUUUCACUCUUCACAGGUUAACACCUUCUACUGUCUACAUACUUUGUAUCACUUGCAAGAAUGUCUACCCUACAGGAGACCACUGCACAACAUUCCACACCAUGGAAAAGACUCCCCUGACCUAUAAUAAACUGAAGUUAGAUACAGUGACCACUGUCUCAGCAGUCAGCAGCCUUCUGCUCAUCUGCUUUUCUGCAAUUCUCCUAUAUACAUGUUUGCAGUUUUGGUUUUCAGAAUGUCAAAGGUGGCCCAAGCAAUAUAACACUACUCAGCAAGACGAAACAUGUGACCACCAGGCCUGGCUCGAGGGGCCACUUGAAGCUGUCUUUACAGGUGACCAAUAUGAGGUCCCCUUGAACUCUAUAUUAUGUAGAGAAAUGAACCAUGUGAUGAACAGUCCACAACAUCUCCCUCACUACUUUUUCCCUCACAAAAGUAGUGAUGAGAAAAAGGCUAUUUUACCACAAAACAUAUGUAAAUAACCAUGGUAUUCAGAGUCAAAAUGAGCGCUUGUAUUUGAAAUCCUGUCUAAACCUGUGGAAAAUCAUGUUGCACUGUUAAUUUGUACACAUAAAACCUGCAUGCCUGCAUGUUAACAUAAUAAUAUCAAAAUGUAAUUACAAAAAUAAAAAUAUUUUCAUUUAACCAGCAAAGAAUCUGUUAUAAUGCAAUUUUAAAAAACAGAAAAAUAAAUAUGAUUUAACUUAGAAAUUUAGAAUAAGGGACUGGAUGACUUAGAAAUAUACCCAAAGAAUCAAAUGUGGAUACAAUUAUGUAAUUAUGUGUAAGCAUGAUGACAUUUCAGAGAAAGAAAAAUUAAGCAAAAGUGUGUACAACUAUAUGAAGAAAACUAUAUAUUCAAAAUUAUGUGUAUUGGUUCAUACACUCAAACACACAUACACGAGCAUAUACAUAUUUCUUAUUUUUUUAAUACUCUAUCCACUCUUCCCACUCAACAUUUAACUGUCUACAUAUAAAUAUACUAUCAUACACUGAAGGUGAACAGUAGUCAGUGGCUUAGCAGGUCCCCGCUCACCUUUAAUAUCUAGAAGAUCAGAAGGGUAUUACUUCUGUUUCCCUACAAAUGCACAGCAGACCUGACUGCAGUGUGUCAGGAAGUAAGCUUAGUCAGCAGUUCUAUGGCUAACUAAUGACUUAGAAAAUCUGAGUGAAUGUUGGUUCAGUCAAAUAAUGGUCGUGUAAGCUGUCAGCUAUAAUAAGGCAAGGGCUAUAUGUAGGUGAUAUUUACAUUGUGUGUGUUGAGGUUAUACUGGUGGUUAAAAAUGGAUGAGGGGCACAGCACUAGCCACAUCAGUUAAUUUCUCCUAACUGGUGUUCCUUUCCUGACAGGGUACUGUGACUUUGCAGGUGCUAAAAUUAAAUAGUGGCAUGGACAGGUAAGAAAGUACAACUACUAAAAUAAAUAAAUGACUAAAUAAAUAACAAAAAAUAAAUACAUAAAUAAAUAAGCCACUUGGAGAAAAGCAUCUGCUAAAUAACUUGACACUGGUUAGGUGUUUGCUGACAAAAGUACAUGUAACCAAAUCCCAAUCACCAAAACCUGAUUAGAAAAUGUUUCCUUCAUUUUGUCUCAGUUGAAGAAAAGAAAAGAAAAUAUGAAUAAUGUCUCCUAUGCCACAAAACCCUCCUUCUGAUUUUCCAUCUGCUUAUUCCCUACACUACAGCCUUCACAGCCUUUAGUUACCCAAGGUGUUGAACACUAUAAAUCUUUUUAGAGUGACAUAUUUUUUAAUUCUUCAAACUUUACACAAAUUAAUAAAACUGAAAUGUAAAUCAGUGUAUUUAAAGGGGUUGUGAACAUGAAGUACAUGAGGAUUUUAAAAUAAACUUUUAAGAAUAUAUUACACUGGAGUCUGGCCAUCACAGAUGCCAUCCUUCUUGAGUCUGUUUAUCCAGAAUGGUGACUUUGCACAUACUGCUAAAAUUACCAGUCUUACUGUGUCAAAUUACAUAUGAAAGAAAUCUUCUUGAUAGUCAGUGGUAGGAUGCAUCCUCUCUAGCAAUCAUAGUUACACAUUUUUGGAAGCUCCUGCACUCGGGGGCAUGUUUACCCAAUGUUAGCACAUGCUGUGACAUCAAUUGCAGACUGUAUGGGAAAGGGAGGCCCCUCAAACCCACCAAGUUAGCCCCAACCAAUGAGUGAGAAAAGUUUCUACAUAAGUUUCUAUAAAGUUUCUAUACUCCCAUAGCAUUGCUAAACUAUGGAACACCCUACCCUCCCAUAUAAUUCAAACUGACUGUUUAAAAACAUUUAAAUCAGCAUUAAAAAGCCAUUACCUCAAUAACCCCUCUUGCCCCUGCAAAACAAACAACAAACCACCUUAAAUUGGUCCCUUACUUAAUGUAUGUGAUAUAUCAUAAAUCAUAUUCUAUACUGGAUGGCAACUGAAUUUCUGUCUUGUACACUGCUGUGCAAUUUUCUGCAUUAGUGUAAACUUUGAAUUGUACUGCAAUAUUUCUCUGCAUUUUUAAUAUAUGUAUUGUAAUAUGCUAUUUCUAUUUCUGUGAAAUGCCAUUUUUUUGUUAAAUGUGUGUACUCUGUACUAAUUUUUUGUGGAGCUUUUCUCCCCUGGGGCUCCAAUGAAAA